UUUGGAAGCAACCAUCUCACAGCACCGGGAUGGAGGAGGCUGAGAAGGGUCUACAGAUGAAGGAGGCGCUUCACCCCAAGGAGGCAGAGAUGGAAGAGGCCCUUCACCCUGAGCAACCGGGGCAGGGCCGGAAGAAGGAAGAGACCCUUCACCGGAUGCAACCGGAGCAGAGCGAGAAGAAGGAAGAGGCUCUUCACUCGGUGCAACCGGAGCAGGGCCAGAAGAAGGAAGAGGCCCGUGACCCGGUGCAACCGGAGCAAGGCCAGAAGAAGGAAGAGGCCCUUCAUCGGAUGGAGGUGAAGGAGGGUCUAGAGGUGGAGGCUUCCCUCGCCCUCCACCGGAUUGAGGCAGGGCAAGGACUAAUGGAGGAGACCCCUCAUCGGAUUGAGUCAGAGAUGGGUGUACAGAUGGAGGAGACGCUGGCCAUCCACGGGGUGGAGGCGGAGCAGACGCUUCAUCCAAUGGAGACGGCGGUGAGACUACUACAGAUGGAGGAGACCCUGGCCAUCCACGGGGUUGAGGCGGAGCAGGAGACCCUUCAUCGGAUGGAGUCGGAGAUGGGUCUACAGAUGGAGGAGACUCUUAUUCACCUGUUGGAGGCGGUGGUGGCGGAGAAGAGGGCAGAAACUAGCCGUAUGAGAGACGAAUGGUUGGAAAUGGAAACUGCUGUUGAAGCGAAGGGAAAUGAGCUAGAAUUUUUGAAGACAAACCGCGAUCGAUGCAUUUCCGAACAGCUCCUUUUGCAAGAUGCAGAGCAACUACUCCAUGACAUUUUGUUCCCGUCAAACUAAAACGGCGAGACAGAAUUUCAUUUACGGUCAUGUUUAGUUCAACACUAGUCGGUGUUACUUCUUCUGUUUACUCUUUAAAAAAAAAAAAUUAAAAGUAAGUUGUAAGCAGUUACAGAGGUUUAAAGCUUGUCUUUGGUUGUAAAUUAAAACUUUUAAAUUAAU